AUGGCCACACGACACUCGUACCCGUAUCCCCCGACUGAUGCUACGCUACACAGCUCCAGUAUUCAAAUCCUCACCUCUGGGGAGCCCUCCGACAUUUUUGUUGACCAUCGAGGACGGCCUGUAAUCGUCACCCUCUCCAAUGCGAGGCGUACAGAGCUUGAGCCCUACCUGCCACCAAACCGCACUACCUUUUUGAACGACAGUGAUCCUGCAUCAGCGGAAUCAAGAGUUCAUCAUCCCGUCUCGCUGGAUCCAAUUAGUCGAAUGCAGAAUACGGGUCAUCCAAGAACUACUAUACCCCACGUUACCUUGACCUACGCACAAUCUCUCGAUGGCCAAAUUGCCUUGAACCCAGGAGUUCGAACCGCAAUAUCGGGACCAGAGACGAAGGCAAUGACUCAUUAUCUGAGGUCCCGGCACGAUGCUAUUCUCAUUGGUAGAGGAACUGCUAUGGCCGACAAUCCUGGCCUCAACACCAAAUAUAGUGAUGAUGAAGAGUAUCCUGUAGGGCUGGACCGGCAACCACGACCGAUUAUUCUAGACCCAUCUAAACAAUGGGAAGAGAAUGCAUGCGAGAGGUUAUUCGAUCUUGCAGAAAAAGGACUGGGCAGACCGCCAUGGACGGUCAAUAGCGUGGAAAACAUAGGUGACAAAGAGUUCGAGACAGUCACUCAACGUGUAGACCAAGACAGGUCCAGGCUCCGUGGCGUCGGUGGGGGUGUUAUACAGGCUGGAGAAUAUGAUUCGAAGGAGAAUGGGGUUGAUUGGAAAGAAAUCUUGUCAGCCCUUGGAGCCACUGGAGUUCGGAGCGUUAUGAUCGAGGGCGGUGCGGCAGUCAUCAACGAUCUAUUAAGGCAGAGAAACCAACAGUGGAUCGACAGCAUCAUCAUUACUAUUGCACCCACUUAUUUGGGUGAGGGAGGUGUCCACGUAGCUCCUUUCAGGAGUCAAACAAACGACAAAGAAUUUGAGUUGUCAAAUGUCAAAUGGCUGGAUUAUGAAAACGACAUUGUUAUGGCCUGGAGGCAAUCACUCAAUCAUCCACCAUCGGCCAAACGUCGAACGAUCAAAGCAACCUCGGUGCACCCCCUGGCCAUGUCGGUUCAAUGCCUAGUCAUGCGUCAACUCGCUGUCGGUCAAGCAUUUAACGGACAGAAUAAUCUCGAUGAAGCUUCAGGCCCACGACCUGAUCAAUCCGUGGUCACCCAGGCUUGA